AUGGGGCGUGAUUUCUUCCAAAUUCUGCCAUCAGAAUUAACCUCCAACAUCCUCUCACGCCUCCCAUUCCGAAGCGUUGCAAUCAGCAAAUGCGUUUGCAAAUCAUGGCUCAAUCUGCUCGAUUCCGACUAUUUCAAAAUAAAACCCCCACCCGCCCUUGUUUGCUUGAAGGGGAACGCUUCUCGUUGCACAAUUAUCGAAAUCGAAGACAAAGACGAAGUCGAUCUAGAGAGCCACGAUCUUCACUACAUUCCGCUCACAGAUUUCGAUAUCCCUCACAGAAGCAGCCGCACAAUGAGAUUUACCGCUGCUGAUGGCUUGCUUCUUCUACACUCAUAUAUCGAUGAUCCCGAAACUCUUCACAUAUGCAAUCCUCUCACUCGUGAAUAUAUCGUGCUCUGCUGUCCUAAGCAAUGCACCUUAUUUGAUUAUAUGGUUGCUUUUUGUGUGAGCAAAAUAAGUGGGCAAUAUAAGGUGGUCUGUUUAUGUCGGACCCCCUCUGAAUACGACUAUUUUCAGCUGUGUGGUUUCGAUGUCGAAACAGAAUGUUUUAGCAUCUUCUCUCCUCCUCCAGCUCUAGCUCUAGCUCUUCUUGCAGAUGGAGAUGAGGAGUUUUAUUUUGAAUUGACUGUUUUUAGGGACUGUCUAUGUAUUUGUUACAUACAGGACAAUGAAAUCAUCAUCUGGUUGAUGAAAGAAUACCGAGUUGAGGAAUCUUGGACCAUAGAGUACAAGUUGAAUACUAUUGGUUUUGAAUUUGAUCCUCAGGUUGAAAAUUUUGUUUAUCCUAUUAAAGUUUUCAAAGAUGGCGACAUUUUGAUGCUGUUGAACGGAGAUCGGUUCAUCUUCUACUCCAACAAGACAAAAACUAUUCAACACGUAGCGUCAAUAUAUAGCCCCUGGAGGGUCCUUGCUGGUUUCAUCGGGUCAAGCAUCGAGUGGAAGUGGCAUCAGGCAGCAAUGGCGGUGCUGGCACUGAUGGUGGUGGUGGUGGUGUGUUUAUAG